UGUGUGUCGCAUCGCCCUGCGCCGCGACUAGCCCUCGACCGCCAACUUAUGACAACAUCGCAGCAACAGCACCGCGCGGAUGAGCUGACUGCACUUCUAUCCCGACCGAAAGUUAUUUUCGUCACAUCUGCUUAUCUCUAUCCCUUCAAAGGCUUCUAUUUCUGCCUCCGGCACCCAUACCUCUGGCCCCUCUUCCGUGCCAGAUUCGUUCCUGCAUGCAUCAUCUCGCUCAUCAUCCUUCCCAUUCUCUUCGUCUUCACGUACCUGCCUCAAGUUGCAUUCCUCGCUAUCUUUCAAGGUCGCCUCGCAUGGUUCAACGCCGUAUUCCUUGUUCUUGGUGAAGGGGCUGUCAUAGUCGCGUUGUUAUUCGAGGCUUUUUUCGUCGAUGAAGCUUUGGUGACGAUAUUCGAUGCAGUGCUAAUACAUAAAGGCUACACAACUCUCGUAUCUCAGCGACGAGCGAUUAUCCACAAUGCACCCAAUCCCGUGAAACAGCUCGGUCGUCCUAUCAAAUCAGCUGUAUACUCCCCCUUUUCCUUUCGACUCACGAUCGAAUUCAUCCUUUUCCUCCCCCUUACCUUCAUCCCCAUCAUCGGUGGACCGCUCUACUGCCUUGCUCUGGGUCGCCGUGCCGGGCCCUACCAACACUGGCGUUACUUCAAGUUGCGCGGCUUCACCCGAAUGCAGAGAGAUGAAUGGAUCCGGGAGAAACGAUGGAAGUACACGUGGUUUGGGAUGGUUGCGCUGCUGCUCCAGCUGGUGCCGGUCCUGUCGAUGGUGUUCUUGAUGACGACCGCCGCUGGUGCCGCUCUCUGGGCUGCGGAUUUAGAGAGAAAGAGAGAAGCGACGUCCUCAACCCGAUCUGCCCCCGAGCCGGCUGGUGUAUGAAGCAAGUCAAAACCACUUCACGAACCACCAACCAUUUUGGGGAUCGCUUUCUCCUCACGAGUCAUGUCCCAUUUCCGCAAACCCAGGAUCUUUAGCUAUGUAAACCAUGUACAUGUAUGUAACUAGCGUUCCUCGCGCUGAGAUUCCUUCUGUGUAGUUUUACAUAUAGUAUAUCGGCACUGCCGGUAUUGUACGUGUCAGACUGCUUCUGAUAAUCAGCAAAGAGCGGACACAAGCAAGUCAUGAGCAAGUCAGGAGCAGCGGAGAUGUUGCACGUGAUAUUCACGUGAGUUAAGCGUCCCCUGAUCGCAAUGCACAGCCGCUCCUUUCCCUGACUCCGUCAAUGCAGUUCUCAGGGAGCAGAGCUUCAAUGAUACUUUGGCUGCCAUUCUUCUCAAUCUCAUAAUCAUGCCUCCUGGAGCGCCCUUUAACUCCUUCAUCCCGCCGUACCGGAUCCGUGUCGAUGAAUUCACCGAUCUGUCCGCUUCGUCAACACCAAGCCCCUCAGCCCUUCUUCAUCUCCUCACCCACACGCACGCCGACCACAUCACAGGGCUACAGGCCCAGUCGUUCGGACACACCGUCAUAUGUUCCGCUGAUGCGAAGGAGAUGCUUCUACGGCACGAGGUGUACGCCGAGCGAUCGUUGAAGGAGCAUCAGUUCCGCGCAGAGACGCAGAGGACAUACAAACAUCUGAAGGUGGACCCCGUCCUGGGAGUCGACGGCAGGAUGUGGUACACAUGCUCGCGUGAUCUUCUGAAACCAUUGCCUCUACACACUCCGACUAAGAUAGAGCUUUCCAAUUCUGACAUUGUCACAAUCACGCUUUUCGACGCGAAUCAUUGCCCAGGUGCAGUGAUGUUCUUGAUUGAAGGCGACCGCGGUGCAGUCUUACACACGGGAGACUUCCGUGCCGAGCCCUGGUUCUGCGACGCCAUUACUCACAAUCCCCUCCUCCAACCCUACCUCGUCGGCGGCGGGAAGACACUCGAGGCGAUCUACCUCGACACCGCGAGCGUGUUCUGCGAGAGCAAGGUGCCGACCAAGCUCGAUGCGACGAAUGGUUUGGUAGAGUUGAUGAAGAUGUACGACUCAGCGACGCACUUCUUCAUCAACUCUUGGACGUGGGGCUACGAAGACAUUCUGAAGGCCGUGGCGCGCGCUUUCCGGCAGCCGAUCCACCUGGACAGAUAUAAGCACAGCGUGUACCGGCACAUCUCCGCUGAUCCAUCUCUUCGUGCGAUGGGGACCGACAAGCCGUGGUCGACGAGAUUUCAUGCCUGCGAGAGGUUUGACCGAUGCGAGGUUGUUGCGGAGCGUCAAGGAAGCAAACUGAGCGCCGCAGGAAAGAAGCUUGUGUAUAUCAAUCCGGUUACGAUGAGCAGAGAGAGGUGGACCGAGUACCUGCAUGUCACGAGAGCGAAAUUGGGACGCGGAGAAGAGGUGCUCUCGCUUCUGGUUCCCCUUGCACGUCACUCGCCUCUUCCGGAACUGCAAGCUUUUGUAUCACUCUUCCGGCCCAGGGCCAUUGUUCCCAACACCUUGGUCCCCGGGCUGAAAGGCUGUGACUUGCCUGCGAUCAAGAGAAUGUUUUCCAAAUGCGUGCUAGAUCCGAUCUCUCCGGAAGCAGCACCUGCCGACGCUCGCUCCCGUCUCACUAUCAGCGUACAACAAGAUCAUAGCAUAGACACUGCCAUUACAAAUUUGGUUGGCGGUGCUGAUACCGGGCCUCUGGCAGAAUCCUGGGCUCACAGUGGGCGGUUGGCGAUGAAGGCCGGGAUCGUGCGCCGAUGGUUAGGACUGGAUCUCCCCGCUAAGGCUGUCCCGGCCGCUGCCCCACACUGGAAGCGACGGGAACUUAGCCCGGCACAUUCAGCAUUGCGCGAUGACGAGGAUUCGGACUAUGACUCCGGACAGGAAGACGAACGCGGAAGAACGAUGCAUCUGAUUCUCGCACCAGCUGUGGGCAUCGAGAAUGAGCCGCUUUCAAAGUUCGGAUUGAUGUCUGCCUCACCCACCACACAAGGAAGCUCUCCAGAAACCAGGAAAGUCCGGAGACGACCCCAGUCGCCUUCGCCUUCUCCUGCGGUUCGUGACGAGAUGACGGAACCAAGGCCGAUGUCUCCAGCGCUUGCACUCCGCGCGACGACACCUGUUCGUCGUAGUCCCUACGACGAGAGCGUUUGGUUUGGAACACCAACAUCAUCCCAUGGGACGCUCACUCCAGUCGGCAGUCCCUGCUCUUUGGAAGCCCUGACCCCGAUCGGCAACAUAAUGCGUCCAUCAUCACCGCCGAUCCCUGGCGAGACGAUGGUGAGAAUCCCCGGCGGGGGAAUCUACAAAAUGCGCUUGAUUCUCCCGGCUUCGUCACCUAAAUCCUCGAUUUCGGGUGUCCCACCUACUCGAGAGCGGUCGAGCACACCUACACCUCCCAAUUCUAUAGUAAGUACACCCAUCCGGAGCGGACCACUGUUUUCAAGAGCACUAUCACCAUCUCCUCUGGCGAUAGCGUCGGUAUCGGAGGCCGGAAGAUCUCCAUGUUCUUCUCGUCUUUCCGCUGCACCUCGUUCUUUUCACAGUCCGACAAGAAUGGCACGAGGCUCUCCUGCUCUUCCGGAGCCCUCACUAGAUCCCCCCGGAUCGGCCGCUCGCCUGGAAGAGCUCAAGUACAGACUUCGACGGGUACGUGAGCGCUUGUGUGCCCACGACCGACUCCUUCGCUCAACAAAACGCCC